AAAUGACUAAGAUUAUUCACCUGGCAGAACAGCUAGGUAAAUGGGCAGGGAAAAUGUCUAGAACCUUGAGAUGCAAAAUAAAAUUUAAAAGUAUGAAAAUGGAAUAGGACGGGAAGUAACCACAUUUAUCUGCAUCCAAAUUUUCAGAAUUUUCAGUGCAAUCAUUCUUCUGACAACCAUAAUGUUUCUAUAUUCUUUCUUUUCCUUUCCCAACUAAAUGAUCUAUCAAAAGGCAAGCUAGCAGGAUGAAAAGAAAUCUACCUCUGUACCACUGAUUCUGACUUUUCAUCGUUUUCUACCCUCAGGUGAUAUGAAAAUCAGCUCUUCUGCCCAAGCCAAUGGAGGGACCAAAUGAUUCUCUGGCUUCUGAGUUUGUAUUGCUGGGACUCUCAGGUUCUUGGGAAACUAAAGUUUUUCUCAUGAUGAUAUUCUCCUCGAUCUAUUUAGGGAUCAUCCUGGGAAAUCUCUCCAUUCUGUUUCUGGUAAUUUUUGAUUCUCACUUACAUUCCCCUAUGUAUUUCCUGCUUGCAAACCUGUCCUUCAUUGAUGUGGGGGUUGCCUCUACCACAGUUCCCAAGAUGAUUACUGAUCUUUUAAAGGAACACAAGAUAAUCUCUUUCAAAGGUUGCAUAACACAAAUAUGCUUCAUCCACAUCAUGGGAGGAGUGGAGAUGGUAUUACUCAUGGCCAUGGCAUUUGACAGGUACACAGCAAUCUGUACGCCUCUUCAUUACUCGAACAUCAUGAAUCCUAAAAUAUGUGUUUCCUUUGUCAUCACUGGCUGGGUGAUUGGGGUGAUUCAUGCUAUGUCUAAAUUUGCUUUCAUUAUAAACUUGCCCUUCUGUGGGCCUAACAAAGUUGACAGCUUUUACUGUGAUUUUCCCAGGAUCAUAAAACUUGCAUGCACAGACGGAGCCAAGUUAGAGUUUAUUGUUGCUGCCAACAGUGGCUUCAUGAGUAUGGGAACCUUCUUUCUGCUAAUCCUUUCCUACAUCUUCAUUUUGGUCGCUGUCUGGAACUGAUCUUCAGGAGACUUAUCCAAGGCAUUUGUCACUCUGUCAGCUCACAUCACUGUGGUGGUCCUGUUUUUCACUCCAUGUAUGUUUCUCUAUGUAUGGCCUUUUCCCAGAUGAUUAGUUGAUAAAUACCUAUUCAUUGCUGACUUUGCUAUCACCCCUGCCUUAAAUCCCAUCAUAUAUACAUUAAGGAACAAAGAUAUAAAGGUAGCCAUCAAACGAUUGAGCAAACAAGGACAUUAAGUCAAAUUUUGCUGAUUGGAUAUAUUUUGGAGCUCAAAAACUCUAUAUCCAACUGCCUUGUGGAUAUCUCCACUUAGGCAGUUGAGAUUAAUAACAGACAAAAUUGACUAAAUCAUCUACCUCACUGGACAAUAUUCUACUACUUCUGUAGAGCAUAUAUUCGUUACUUCUGCUAACAUGGUAUACAUGAAUCUACCAUGCUAUUAUUUUAUUAUUUUAGCAGACAGCAGCAUAUCUACAAAAUAAUAGUUGAAAUUGAAAUUGUGACUAUUUUGUUAAUAAUCAAACAUGUAAUAAUAUCCCUUCAGCUUGCCAUAAAAUUAGGCCUACAGUUUCCUACCCAAGAAGCUAUUCUUCAUAGGAAAUAUAUUCCACACCGAAGGUAAAAAUAUCCCAUAGGCAAUUGUCAAAGCAGAAAAUGCACUGUUUGUUUCAUUGUGGUCUUACUGUAUUUCAGGCCCUAAUUAGAAUUUUAAUCAGUUUUAGCCAUGAAGAAAAAUCUGAUCACAGUGAUGUUUUCAAAUGUUAUAUAUCUUAUAAUCUAUAACAAUCCCUUACCUUCUUCCUUACUUCUCUUCCUCCCUCACAUUUAAACUAAAAUUAUCAGUAUUUCCAUAUCACCUUUCCAUUUAUACCAAAUGGGAUUUUCUGGAAGUUUUGACAACUUUCCAGGAACAUUAAGAGAUGCUUCUCAGCUAUUUCCUGGAACUUUUGGAUUCUCAAGAGCAAAACACCUUCUUGCCCCAAAAGGGAUGUUUUCUGCAUAGUCCAAGAUCUCCCUAUAUAUUGAGAUUCAGAAACGUCUGUUCUCACUUCAUGAUCCACAAUUAUAUAUUAAGAGUUGGCCCUGGACAGAAAUCUAUAAUGUUAAUUUCUAGAACUUUCCAAACAGGGAAUUGGUUAAUAAUGACAUAGUUUGCUAAGACUUUCUGCAGCAAGAACGUGAAGAACCAUAUGGAAGAAAGAUUCAGAAUGUUA